GAAAGGAAUUAAAAAUUACACCAAUAUAAUCGAAGUCUAAAGGAGAAGAAAUGCAACCGGGACACGUCUGUACUCAGCACGUUAAUGACAAGGGUAUCAUCGUGAUAGAUGAUCGCGAGUACCCCAUGGCAUCCGAAGUGGUCGCUACCGAGGAUGUUAUUCAAAGAAGUGUGCAAAACUUAGCACGACGCAUUGCGGAGGAUUAUAAAGGCCUUAAGCACCUUGAUACAUGUCGUUCACUAAAUUCCAUGAAUAGAGAAAUGCUUCCUCAUGGCAUCACCUCGAAUUCGUGCGAUAUUAGGGACGCGGAUUCACCUUCUACGAUGGAGGCCCCUAUCAGUGAGGAAAAUCCGUUGAUUAUUUUAUCCGUCCUGAAGGGGAGUUACGUCUUCACGGCGGACUUUGUGCGAUACCUGGGUGAUUAUGACCUUCCUCACGUUGUUGAUUUUAUUCGUCUCGCGUCGUACAACGAUGGAACGGAGAGCAGUGGGACAAUUACCCUUUUAUCGAAACCUAAAUUCAAACACCUAAACGGCAAACAUGUUCUCAUCCUUGAGGAUGUGUGCGACAGUGGGCGAACCAUGAAGUUCCUGUAUGACUAUAUUGGCGACAAUUACAAGCCAAAGAGCCUCAAGACGUUGGUGUUUAUGAACAAGCCGUCUGAUGCGCGUAAGGUCGAAUUUGAACCUGAGUAUAAGUGCUUAGAUGCUCCCAACAAGUACGUUAUUGGCUACGGCUUCGAAAUAAACGAUCGGUAUCGCAACCUGAGGCAUGUUUUCGUGCCUACAGAGAAGGAAAAAGUUAGGUUCAUGUUUGAAUUGUAG